CACAUUCAGCUUAUCUCGCUGCUAUGGAUCGACGUCCACCUUCAGACACUACAUUGUCAAAGUCCAUUCAACCAGUUAGUCCACAACUUUCUAGGUCAAAUAUUGGAGCGAGCAAUUCUAAGAUGUGCAAUUCUGAAGCAUCUCCUAAUCCUUCUUCGACUCCGUUUUCUGUUCACGGUCCAGAUCUUCCACCACCUGGAGAGUUAGAUCAACUACGGAGGGUGCGCAUUAUAGCUGAUGGGGAAGGGUUUUAUCCUUCCAGACUGGCUGCAAAUGCAAUUUCAGCAGGAAUUCGGAAGCUUUAUGACGGUUUUUAUCCUUCUUAGGGUAAAGUUUCCGAUCGUACAAAACAAGGAGUCUUCAAUGAGUUUAU